GGCGCCUGGUUCGCUGCAGGAUAGUUGUAGGUAGGUUUCCCCGUCGCAGGGCUCCGUCGAAGAAACUCUCGUGGCAGCCUUGGCCGGAUCCUGUGCGUAUCCGAUGCAUUUUUCAAGUCGGCUUACCAAAAUGACUGAAUUUGGAGAGGGCAACAAGCCAGCUUCCUAUAAAAGAAUAGUUCUCAAGAAUGCUUCUGAAUACCACUAUCUAAAGAUCCAUUUGGAGUUUCAGGAAGCUGACUUUAGCCUAAAUGCUGUUGAAUUCAAACAACUUAUCAUCUCUGCUCUGAAACGGCUGCAUGGUGAGGUUGGUGCCGCUUUGCUUGUCGAUGUGCUGACCUAUGAGGAAGAAACAUUGUCUGCAGUACUCAGAGUACCUAAUGUUGGCCUCGCAAAGCUGUGGAGUGCUCUGACGCUGUUUGGUUCAUAUCAGAACAGAAAGUGUGCUUUUAGGGUGAUACAGACUUCUCCGUUUCUUCUUGCGUUAGCUGGGAACAGCAGAGAAUUGGUGCUGGAUUAAAUAAACCGAAAAGGCAACUCGACUCGAGUUUGUGAAAAGCCAGAGCUGUCU